AGAGCGAGCUCCUGCUGAGGUCUGAAAGAGGGUCUCGGUCGCUGUUAGUUAAACAGAGUUCAAGCUCUAUCCAUCAACAAGCUCUUCUCCCUGGCCGCAAGGCUGCGGCCACACCGGAGCGUCUCCACCGCAUCCUACAUUCCGAUGAUCUCGAUGCUCCUCAAGGUGGGGCUCGAUCCAGCGCGUUCCCAAUCACGUCGCGUGGGCGGAGCCUGACUCUCGCGCUCUCUUCGCUGUGUCGCCGCCUGCCCAGCCUGUUCUGAACAUGACAAAAAGCGAAAGGAUGGAGCGAGUGAAGUAAAUCCCUGCUGUUUGAUUCCUCACUGCCACUUUUUUGGCUUAUAUUGGAAGACAGCGCCGGGUUUGGAUACGGGAAAGCCUGCGCAUUAGUAGUUGAGAGAGCAGCUGUCUGCCUGGUUGAAGCGCUCAACCCACAGCAGUUCAGAUCAGAUUUCACAUUCAGCUCCGACCAGCUCAGCUGUGAGAAGCAACCAGAGAGGGCUCAUUGCUCCGCUCUCCCUUCUCUCUAACGCCACCCUUUUCUUUUUUCUGUUGGCGGAGCGUCUCUUAAACGCUCAUACGAAGAAAAACCAUCGCAAAGACCGGGAUUUAUUCCCCUCUCUUUUCCGUCCUCCCUUCUCCUCCUCCUCUUUUUACUGUGUAUUUUUGCAGGAAAUUAGCAGCCUGGGCGCCUCAGAGAAUUAGAUCAAAAAUAAAGGGUGACCGAAAGACAUGGACGAGCAGCCCAGGUUGAUGCACUCUCACACGGGGAUAGGCAUGGCGGGGCACCCCGGCCUGCCGCAGCACAUGCAGGAAGGCACCGGAGGAGCCGACGGCGACGGGAGGAAGCAGGACAUUGGAGACAUUUUACAGCAAAUCAUGACCAUCACGGACCAAAGUCUGGACGAAGCCCAGGCCAGGAAACACGCUCUCAACUGUCACAGAAUGAAGCCAGCCCUUUUCAACGUCCUGUGCGAAAUCAAAGAGAAAACAGUGCUCAGCAUCCGUGGCGCCCAGGAGGAGGAGCCUCCCGACCCCCAGCUCAUGCGCCUGGACAACAUGCUGCUGGCAGAGGGUGUGUCUGGCCCAGAGAAAGGCGGGGGGUCUGCGGCGGCGGCGGCUGCAGCGGCAGCCUCAGGAGGGGUGGGGGCCGACAACUCAGCGGAGCACUCAGACUACAGGGCCAAGCUGUCCCAGAUCAGACAGAUCUACCACACAGAGCUGGAGAAGUAUGAACAGGCCUGUAACGAGUUCACCACCCAUGUGAUGAACCUGUUGCGGGAGCAGUCGCGCACACGGCCCAUUUCGCCCAAAGAGAUCGAGCGCAUGGUGAGCAUCAUCCACCGCAAGUUCAGCUCCAUCCAGAUGCAGCUCAAGCAGAGCACCUGCGAAGCCGUCAUGAUCCUGCGCUCCCGCUUCCUCGAUGCCAGGCGGAAACGACGGAACUUCAACAAGCAGGCGACAGAGAUCCUGAAUGAGUAUUUCUACUCACACCUCAGUAACCCCUACCCCAGCGAGGAGGCCAAAGAGGAGCUGGCUAAGAAGUGUGCCAUCACAGUGGCCCAGGUUUCCAACUGGUUUGGGAAUAAAAGAAUCAGAUACAAGAAAAACAUUGGUAAGUUCCAAGAAGAAGCCAACAUGUAUGCUGCAAGAACUGCCGUGAAUGCGGCUAAUGCAUCCUCACAUGGAAGCCAAGCAAAUUCACCCUCCACUCCAAACUCUGCAGGUUCUGCUGGCUCUUUUAACAUGUCAAACUCCGGGGACUUGUUCAUGAGCGUGCAGUCUCUCAAUGGGGACUCAUACCAGGGGGCUCAGGUGGGAGCCAACGUGCAGUCACAGGUGGAUACCCUUCGCCAUGUUAUCAGUCAGACAGGCGGAUACAGUGAAGGACUCACAGCCAACCAGAUGUACAGUCCGCAGGGCAUCAAUGCAAACGGUGGCUGGCCCGAUGCUCCGACCCCCUCAUCAGUGACUUCACCCACAGAAGGACCCGGAAGUGUUCACUCGGACACCUCCAACUGAUCCUCCACCCCCUCACUCAUCUGUUCUCUGAUUCCCACCUUCACUGCCCCUCCGGUUCUUUCCCCCCAGAAUUGAAAUCCCUAUCCAUCCUGCAGGACUGGAUGUGACCCAAGGCAGUUGGGGACUGGGGACGAUGCUUCCACCAUUAAGGACAAAAACCUUUUUUUUUUUUUGUCUGGACCUCCACGGCAGUUUACCCAGCCUGCAGAGGGGACUCAUGUCUGGACUUCACAGUUUGUAUAUUUUCCACUCAAUGUCCAAGUUGCCUCUUUGUAUUUCACGUUUUCUUAUAAAUUCAUCCUGUACGCUCACAGUCAGCAGCAUCAAGCCCGACGUCUGGUUACUUAAAGCCCACUCACACUACCUCUGAUUAAAUUCCAACACAGCAAACAAUUCAAAUGCAACUCCUAAUUUAAAGUCUGUUUCUGUUCCUGUUGUCAGGUUAUUUUUAUUCAUCUGUAGUGCCAAAGUCCAACCCUGGAGGUGAAUCUGGGUUCGGUUUUAUCUUCUGCCCUAACAAAAUUCAUGCCAUUCUUUGAGUGUCUUGUAAAAGGACCAUUUCCACAUUUUGUCAGGUUGCAACCACAAACUUCGGUGUAUUUAUUGGUGGAUUUUAUGUGACACAACAUAAAUUGUGCAUAACCAGGAAGAUGAUGAGAAAUUUAGAAAUUUAUGUUACAAAUAAAAUUUCUGCAAAUUCUGUGCAAAUAUAAAUAUGUAAAAAAAUGUGUAAUGAAUUUGUAUUUAGCCAAUAUGAGCCAAUACUUUAUAGAACCACCUUUUGCUGUAAUCAUCUGAGAGUCUUUUGGUUUAUGUUUCUAGCAGCUUUGCACAUCUACAGACUGACAUUUUGGCCCAUUGUUCUCUGCAGAAUUGCUCAACUUCAGCCGACUGGAUGGAGAGCAUCUGUGAUCAGAUUUAUGUCUGGACUUUGACUGGGCCAUUCAAACACAUGAAUAUGCUUUGAUGUAAACCAUUCCAUUGUAGUUCCGGCUGUAUGUUUAAGGUUGUUCUCCUGUUGGAAGGUGAACCUUGGGGAUGGUGUGUUGAGAGUAAUAUUCAGAGUUAGUUGGUGGUUGUAAAAUGAUAAAAUGUGAAAAAGUUCCAGGGCUAAAAAUAGUUUUGCAAGGCACUGUUGUUGAGUCAUGUAUUAAAAUAAAAAGUAUUCAGGCUUGGUUUAAAGUGAUCCAGUAGUUUUGUCGCCACACUAGUUGUGUUUUUGACAACAUUUAGCCCAGUGUCACAGUCCAGUUAAGGAUUAAAUGAGAGGUUUAUAAAUUGACUCAAAUUUAGACAAAUGUUCCGCCUCGUUCCUAGGCGCCGUUUCCAGUACAUCCUGGAAAAUAUAUCAGAAACCAGAAAGUGACAAGGAUGAGUACAGCAGGUCAGUAUGAAAUAAAGCACAAUGAAGCCUGCCGAUUGGAGGGCAGGAUCCGUAACCAUAGAAGUCAUACUCAUCACUACCUGUUCAGAUUCUGUAUAUCAGGCCAAAUACUGCUGGUAACCAAAUCUAAGUGUCAUAGUGUUUGGGGGGGGGUCACUUUUUAUUUAGUUAAGGACAUACAUGUCUAAACAUUAUCCCACAGAACAUCACAUGCAGUGCAGAACACACUGGACUGAUUUUGUGCCAAAUGUGGAGCAAGAAAGAAACAUUUUUCCACACUCAAAAUGUCCAGUUGGGAAGAAACCAGAGAAAAACCUUUAUGAAUAUUUGGCACAGAUGAAGCUUCAUUUACCUUGUUCUCUGUUCUUAAAGUGACACCUCACUUAUCUACAGGAAUCAACCCAAAUGUGAGCAUCACUCUGUGACUUGUGUUGUAUGUACAGAAUAAGUUUUUAUCGAAGCUAAUCACGCUUACAGAAGCUCUCGCACCACAGAGACGUGAACAUACUUUGAUACCAAAAAUCUUUGAAUUUUAAGCAUUGGAAUCAGCUUUAGAAGUGUCUGGUCCUCUGCAGGACCAGUAGGGUUCUCCUGAUGCUCCUGUACCAAAUAAAAGCAGUGUGCAUACAGAAGUGUUUCUAGGAAUCCAAAAAGAAACCGUUACCCUGGCGACACAUAGUUUUUCUGUGUCAAUAAAUCAUCUGCGUUUAUUUUGUGCUGUUUCUCUCGAUGCUACCGCUGUAUGUGUAUUAGCCCCAGAAUGCUCCAUAUACAGUAUGUAGAUAUGCACCUUUACUCUUCUUUCACAUAUUUGGAUUUGGACGGUAUCUUGUUUUUUUAUGUUCCCAUGUACUCAGACCAUAGACUGAAGCCUGCCAUUCUGAGGAGGUUCUAAUGGAGACCUUUGCUUUUUAGGCCAACAGGAAACUAAAUUCAGUCCACAAACGUCACAAAACUGCCUGAAAACCAUGUUGUUUCUGUUAUUUUCUAAAGAUGUCAGCGUGUUUGUAUUUAUUACAUUGUUUGAAAUCAUAGAUUUCAGAGCUCCAGCGUUGGUGUCAUAACACCAGACAAACAUAUUGAGAUGACUGAGAACAGGACCCCCCCACCCCCACCUUGACUCACCUGAGGGGCCGUGCAGCAUUGAAGAACCUGCCUCACUCAUGUCUUCAGAAGGCAUCGGACAGAACUGACAGCGCCGGCCAUGCAAGGAAAACUCAAGUUUUUUUUUUUCUUUUUCUUCCAUUUCUUUUUUUUCAAAGAAGGCGCAACACUUCUUUUCACAUUUGCCUGUCAAAUAUAACUGAAGCUUCAUGUGAUGACGCUUUUUAGUUUUCUGUUAUAAAAGAAAAGAGACAUGGGUGGAGAAAGGAACAAUUUGUAAAACAUGAAAUGUUUUAUUUGUUGCAUGUCUUUUUGUUCUUCAAUAAAAUAACGUACUGCAGUGUUUUGAAUGUUACCGUCUUUUUUAUAAGGAUUUCAGAGUGUAAUCGAGGAACCUUUUUCUUGACAGGUUUUAACUUUGAAGAUAUCUGAUUAUGUAAAAAAAAAAAAAAAAGUAUCAAAUGGAGAAAUAUUGUCUUUUUAAUUACAAAUCACACUCUGUUGUCUGUUAGCUGAAAGGUGUAGGGUUUCUGGUCUCUUAUUUGUAUUGGCAAUGCCUAUUCCAAAUAAACCCUUUUUUUUGUUGUUGCGUA